CACUUCGUGUUCUUUUUUCAAAAAUGUGGAUUUAAUUUAGAAAAAAAAUUUGUAUGCGAGGAAAUAAUUUCGUCUUUUGCACAAAAUUAUUUGUAAAAUAAAUAAGGAAAUUCUGAUCGAUUGUGUAUGUUCGAUUACACUUGCCUUCUGUUGUAAAACCAAGAUGGAAUCAAUGAUUGGCGGAUAUGUUCUAAAGUUCAGCGAAAUAAUAUAAUUCCAAGUCCAAUUGUCAACGCAACAAAUCGCUAGGAGUCUUGAACAGACUGCCGACAUGACCGCGAAAACCCUUCGUAUUUCAGCGCGGGUGUUUUUGCACUUUGGGAAGCGUAAUGCAAACCGAGUCGUCCAUUAUGGGCGCCCGGCACUGGAAAGAAAUCCUCCUGUUCGGCACUACUAUGAAACUGCUAAACCUGCUCAAGACAGCUCGGUUUCGGUUCGGACGGUAGACCUGCGGAGCGACACCGUCACCAAGCCCGGAACAGCAAUGCGCCAAGCCAUGGCCAUAGCAGAAGUUGGAGACGAUGUUUUCGGAGAAGAUCCGACUGUUAAUGAACUUCAGCGACGUGCCGCAGAUAUAUUUGGAAUGGAAGCAGCCCUCUUUGUGCCCUCAGGAACCAUGAGCAAUCUCAUUGCUGUGAUGGUGCACUGCAGAGAGCGAGGAGACGAGAUUAUCGUGGGGGAUCUCUCUCACCUGCACAUGUAUGAGCAGGGAGGCAGUGCACAGCUGGCUGGCGUUCACUCCACCAUGGUUACCAACCUACCCGACGGGACCUUUGACCUGGGUCAGCUGGAAGCCAAAAUUCGCCAUGGAUACCCUGAUGCCCACUUCCCCCGCUCACGGCUGGUCUGUGUGGAGAACACCCACAACAUCCAGGGGGGGCGCGUACUGCCCCUCUCUUUCCUUCAGGAGCUGCGGUCUGUAGCGGAGCGCUACAACCUGGCGGUACACAUGGAUGGGGCAAGAGUAAUGAAUGCCGCGGUGGCCCUGGGCGUCUCUCCGUCCGUCAUUCUGCGGCACUGCGACACCGUCAGCGUCUGUCUGUCCAAGGGGCUGGGGGCUCCCGUGGGCACCAUGCUAGGUGGGCCGCAGGACUUCAUUCAGAGGGCGCUGCGUGCCCGUAAGGCUCUGGGGGGGGGGCUGCGGCAGUCGGGCAUCCUGGCAGCAGCUGGCUUAGUUGCACUGACUGGCAUGGUGGACAGGCUAGAGGAGGACCACCGACACGCCAAAAUCUUCGCCCAAGCUCUGCUAGAUUGUGACCCCCCCCUCUACCACGUGGAUAUGGCUUCUGUGGAGACCAACAUUGUGCGUUUUUACUUGCGCGACCCCCUGCUGACCCCUGGCGAGUUCUGCGAGCGCUUGGCAACGGUGGCGGAGGGCGAGGCCCGGGCGCUGGGGCGGGGCACACGCGUCCUCAUGUUUCCCCACGUCGGGGGCUCUGUCCGGGCCGUCUGGCACCUGGGGGUCACGGAGGAAGACACCCGGUCGGCCAUCCUCAAACUGCGCUUCGUAGCCCAGCAGCGCGCGAAGGAGCGCCACGCGGCCGCUGAAGCCUGAGACCUGCUGGGAAACUGUCCCCCGGAAACAGAGCCCUGCUCCUGGGUUGAGCUUAUUGAGAAUGAGGAUGGUCUGCGACAUUCCUGAAAUGCGUGGGUAAUCUCAAAUCCUUUGUUAAUGGUUACGGAGGUUAAUGGGCGAGAACUGGGACCUUCCCGAAGGAUGAUUGUGCAUGAUUGCAUUUAGAACACAUCACUGUACACUGAAGGUUUGGUGGCCGUCGCCUACUACACGAAUGGAGCGUUGCCUACUGUUUAUUUACAAAGCUCUCUUAAAGGCAUACAAUGCAAGAUUUUUCACCUUGAAAAUAUUUUAAAACAAACAUUACUAUGAUUCACUGACAAGCUGUGUCUGUGUUUACUUCUGCCCAAUACCUUGCUUCUCUACUUUUUAUUCUAAAAACUAAUCGAGCUGCUUCUGGGUGUGGAAUUUUACAUUUUUGUACUGUAUCAGAAAAUCAUGUUUCUGAAACACUGAAGAAUUGCGUGUUCCAUGAUCCAAUAAAAGGAAGGCAAGAGGA